AUUUGGGCCAUAAACACUUAAAAUGUUUCUGAUUAUUGCAAGUGUUCAAUUAAGCAGCAUAUUUUAUGCCAUCAUGUCAUUUGGUUGAAAGCUAAUCCCUUUUUGAUUUAAUUUUGGUCAACAAAAUGUUGAAAUGAUUUAAAUGCGAAAUAAAAAUGUUUUUGGCGCGUCCUACAUCUAAAAACAUACUUUUUACUUUCUAGGUAAUAAACCGGUACAUCUCCGUAAAAUUUAUUAUAUUUUUAUAAAUAAAACAUGAAAAACAAUCUAUGAAUUUGUAAUGAUUACAGUGACAUAUUUAACCUGUUUGUAGCACUGAUGAAAUUGGCUUAAGGUUAAUAAAAACCCACAAUUAAUUUUCUCAGACAAUUCAAUAUUGCUGACAAAAAUUUUAUGUUUAAUAAAGAAAUGUUGUUAUGGCUCACUAGUAACACGAUUUGACAUUUGCUAAGCAGACAACAAUAAGAGUAAACCACAAAUUCUCAUUAUUAAAAAAAGCUGACUGUUCACAGAAUGCUGCGCAAUAGUGGAAAGUUUAGUGGAAGGAAACAUGUCAUAGAGUACAUGCACAAGCAACAUAAUCUCAGCCUUGAGAGGGUUAUGAAGGAAAGUCCAUUCAUUCAGGACUCUUGCCUUUGUGGACCUCCACACAGAGACACAUCCUGGGAAGAAUAGUUCUUGUAAUUCUGGUUUUCAUCAGCUACAGAUACGUUUACAUUUAGAAAAAAAAAAAAACACAAUAAAUUAUAAUGAAGGAAAUUGUGUGUCAAAGCAAAGCCGGGUUACAAGUGAUUGGUGUCAAACUAUUAUUUGCUAUAUUGUGUUUGUUUUUGUACUGUAUUGAUUGCACAUAUUGCUUAAUCAUUGAGUAAUUGGCAAAUUCUUUACUUUAUCAGUGUGUCAGACUAAACCCUUUUGUUGUUAUCACUGGGGUUUUGAGCAACAUUCCUGAUUUCAUCACUGUUCUACCUAAAAGAAUGAAAUGUACAUCUUUCAUGACAAAUAUAAAAGAUGUUUUGACAUUUAUAAUGUCUCUGGCAGAUUUCAAUCAGUACAUGAUGUACUCUCUAUCCACUCAGCAAGCUAACUUCCCACGCAAUCUACACAGUGCCUUGCAACAGUCUUCUUACCUCUUGGUUUUUCUCACAUUUUGCUUUACAACAAAGAACAAAUCUUUGUUGUUUGUUGUAUGAGGAAGAAUCAUCAUUAUAACGUGGAAGUGAAAACUUGCUGUAGUGCCAAUAAGAACUUUUCCAUCAAUUACUAAAUAAGGGAAUAAAAAAGUUUCUAGGUGCCAUUAUUAAUAAUUUGUAAAUAAAACAAAUAGAAAUAAACAUUCCCUUAAAAUUAUUUUCUCUGCAAAUUCCUGUAUAUUUCCUAUCUGAAACUUAUUUCUUGGUUGAAUGAAAAUCAUUUUAAAUCUAAAUCUACUUAGGGUACGAAGUUUGGAGAUAGAGACACUACUGCUUUCAGUUCAGUGUGUUCAGUGUAUUUGACCUAGUAUUAGACCUCUUGACCUAGAACUUCCUUUUACAUAUAGGCUCAUCUUAAUUUAUUUAAUUUGCUUUUAUUUCAUUUUUUUUAUUUUGUAAAUAUACUUUGUAAUUUUUACCUUGUGCUGCAGAUGCACAAUUGAAUUUUCUGCUAGAAAAAUUUUAAUUUAUAUUUGGGAAAAAUUUCAUAAGACAGAUGAGAAACACUUUAACCCGCUCCUGGAUGUACUCAGCUUGUGUGACUCACGUCUGUUUCAUGGUGCUCAUGCUAAGCUGUGAAACAAUGUUUCCACUGUUGGUUCACUGUCAGAAAAUACCUCUAAAAAUUAGAGUUUGCGAAUUAACCUGAAAAACAUUUCUGACAAUCAAACUAUAAUAACUUUAGAUGUUUAAGCUUCAAUUUAGAUUAAAGCUGGCUUUCACAAGGUCAAUCAGUAUUUUUCUAAAAAAUAAAAAAAAAUCUAGUAACAUAUGCACAGAAUUAUAGAGAACGGACACCUCUGUAUGAGAAAUCAAACUCGUUUGUGAUGCACAUGCAAUAUCUCGACACCUAGGAGAUGCAGAAAGCGAAAUACAUAAGGCACAGCGAUAGACAAAAACGUGUGGGCGAGAGCUUUGUUAAAUUUCCUAUGCAGUGGCUGUUGGACCACUUCCUAUGUGUCAGCCUCAGCUUAAUUAUGACACUCAAACUAAAACCUUGUGAUGCUGCACAGAGUCUCUGAACUAUGUUUUGAUGAGUUGUGAUGAUGGUUUGACUGGAGAAGGAGUCUUUGAUUUGCUUCAUUCUGCCUUCGUUUAUGCAAAGAUAUGACUUCAUCACCUCGAAACGCGUUCAUUUGUGUAUUUUUUCUGACUUACUGGAACGCAAGCAUUUUCCCAGGAAAUGCUGCAGCACAUCAGCGUCGAUCCUGGCUGGGAUGUCGAGUUCUGAUACAUUGUCAGGGUCACAGUGCUGACUCGGGCUCUUUCAAAUGGUUUUACAAGGAGGACAAGCACAGUAAGGAAAUCCAGCUAUUUUUUCAGAAUAAGAAUGGAAUAAAACACUAUGAUGUCAGUCGUCCAAAAGUAGAUGUUAUGGCAAAUCGUUCUCUGGUUAUAAAUAAUUUUACUGACAAAGAUCAGGGCGACUACUGGUGUGAAAACUGCUCUCAAGAAACCUGUAGCAGGGAACCAUCCAGCUUCAUCACUAUGCAGAAAGAAAUUAUGGAUGAAAUGCAAGAGACAUUUUACAUUCUUUCCGGCAGCAGUUUCACCCGCUCAUGCCCAGGUGAAUUUGCUAACUUAAAAUGGACAUUUGAAGCCAGUAAUGCAACCCAAAGGGAAUUAGAACUAAGAUCAGAAAUGGUUACUGUUACUACCAACAAGACCUUAUAUAUUGGAUCUGUAAAAAAUACUAAUGCUGGGAAAUACACCUGUUGGGUGAAUAGAUGUGGUGGUCCGAAUCAGAAACAGCUCACAAUCAACUUAUGCGUCGUCACAGUUUCCCGCAAAGAGCAUUCUAUUUUCUCUUGUGCAGUGACAUGCGAUGUGGGAUUAAAAAAAAAAUUGAGUCUUCUGAUGAGCAAUCAAACAAUAUCAGUGGACAUAGAUCCAUCCGGGUCCUUAAUCUGUAAUUCAACUGAGAUCUUGGAUGGGCAGCCUAUACCAACUACGAACAGCUACACAGUGUCAGCUGCUUUAAACACAACAAUGGGUGUUUUUGAGAAGACUGAAUCUUUGAUGCCAAUUAUUUAUGGAGUAGUAGCUGCCUUUACAUUUUUUAUUUUACUUGCAAUAUUAACUUUCUGUUUGAAAUCAAGAGUACAGGCUGCAUUUCCUUUUCAUCUUUCAUGUUGUGGCUUCACUCAUGAGGCGGAAGAGGAGUCCACAGUAAUUUAUUCAUCUGUUAUCAUCAGGACACCAGCAAAAACAAGAAGUCAACACACAGUUCCUGAAAGCUGUAUUUACAGUGAAUUACAGUGUAGAGGAAAUACCAUUUAGUGUUGAUAGAAGUCAACACUAAAUGGAACUUUUGGUGAUCAUAAUUUCCACACUGUCAAUAAAUUUUGUAAUACAUUCCACGGCAGUGACUUGUGUUUCAUGACACGUUGAAAACAUCCACACACCCACAGGAAGUUUUUCAUCUAGUUUUUGAACUACUGAAGAGAAAUGAUGUAAUCUAUUUAUGAUAUUACAAUUAUCUUGAAUCAAGGAAACAUAAGCUGCUCUUAUUUGGCUUAUGUUAGUCAUAAAUAAUUCUGAGCCAUUUUCCAACCAAAAAUUAUGUGUCAGUUAAUAUAGAAGUCUAAAUUUGAAUUGUGUUUCAAUGUCAUCAUAUAGAUAAGUGGUUGAACAAUUUUCUAGAAUUAUCAAAAUCUUAUUUCCAAUAAAAGGGAUCCCUUUUUUACUCACAUAGAUAUCAAUCCUCAAAGUUUUUAUAAUUUUACAUAAUCCAUUCAUGCUACCUUGUAUUAUUAUUAUUAUUAUUAUUAUUAUUAUUAUUAUUAUUAUUAUUAUUAUUAUUGUUGUUGUUGUUGUUGAAUAAGUAUAAUUUAAAUUAUUAACAUUUUGCUACACUUAGAAGACUUUUGAUAUUUUGGUUUUAUUUUUAAAAGGCCACUUUUCUACAUGACAAAAUUGCAACAAUGGAUUUAUGUCACUGCAAAAGAAAUCUAAAGGAAA